AUCAUGACUACUUUCCAAUACGAUUUUGCAGCUAACCACAAGAACUCAGCUUUCCAAGGAAAAGUUGAUUUCCCAACUGGUGUAUUCAUCAACAACGAAUUCUCUUCUGGAUCGACCGGUAAAUCGAUUGACGUCAUCAAUCCAACAACUUCAAACACUGUAACUAAAAUCAGCGAAGGAACGGCAGAGGAUGUCGACAGAGCAGUCGCAGCUGCUCACGAUGCAUUUGAGAAUAGCUGGGGCUUGAACGUUCAUGGCACUGAACGUGGUCGUCUUCUGGUUCGUCUUGCUGAUUUAAUGGAAAAACAUGCAGAUGAGCUCGCAGCACUUGAAUCGUUAGACAACGGAAAGCCUUUCAAGUUUGCACGCGGUUUCGAUAUUCCAGAGGCAGCAGCCAACUUCAGAUACUUUGGGGGUUGGGCUGAUAAAAUUCAAGGAAGCACCAUCGAAGUUGGAUCAGAAUUGAUGGCUCAUACUCGAAAAGAGCCAAUCGGUGUAUGUGGAUCGAUAAUCCCGUGGAACUUUCCUUUAUUAAUGUUUUCCUGGAAAAUCGCUCCUGCUAUUGCUACUGGUAACACUAUCGUCAUAAAGCCAUCCGAGAUUACGCCAUUAACUGCGCUCCGUAUGGCAUCACUUAUCAAAGAAGCAGGAUUCCCAGCCGGCGUUAUUAAUAUUGUGGUUGGCUAUGGUCAAACUGUGGGUAACGCAAUUACCGAUCACUCAGGCAUUGAGAAGGUUGCAUUCACUGGUUCAACCGCUGUAGGUAAACUGGUCAUGAAGGCAGCUGCGAACAAUGUUAAGAAAGUAACACUUGAACUUGGAGGCAAAUCACCAGCAAUCGUUUACGCAGACGCAAACCUCGAAAAUGCUAUCCAAUCAACAGCAUUUGGUAUAUGGUUCAACUCAGCACAAUGCUGUUGUGCCGGUUCACGUAUCUAUGUAGAAGAAAGUGUUUACGAUGAUUUCGUCAAAGGCUUUAAACAACACACCGACCAAUUGAAGUCUGGUGAUCCAUUCGACGAUGUCUUCUUUGGACCAGUUGUUUCUGAAACCCAACAAAGCCGUGUCAACAAGCUCAUUGAGAGUGGUAAGCGUGACGCUAAGGUUAUCGAGUGCGGCGAGGAAUCAAAGUUAAACGGUUACUUCGUUAGACCACGCAUAUUCCUUGAUGCGCCAGCAGAAUGUGAAAUUCAACGUACAGAAAUUUUUGGACCUGCAGUAACGAUCACAAAAUUCUCAAAAGAUACUGAUAUCGUAAAGAUCGCUAAUGACACUGAAUAUGGAUUAGCAGCAUCAGUCUUUACUGAGAAUAUCAAUAAAGCUCACAAGACAGCCCACGCAAUCAAAGCUGGUACUGUCUGGAUCAACCAACACAAUACAUUGACCAAGAACGUUCCAUUUGGUGGUUACAAGCAAUCAGGUGUUGGUCGCGAAAUGGGAUCUGAAGUAUUGAACAACUACCUUCAAUGCAAAUCAGUCUUCACUAAAUUCACUCAGUAAACGAUAUCUUCUUACUUUUUGUGUUGUUAUAAUAUAACGAAUGAAUGAAUACUCUUGCUUACUAUAAA